CAAGAAUUAAUUUUAAAAACGACAAUGAAGAGUCUGGAGAUGAACUAACAGAAGAGGCAAGGUCUCGGAUUCGGACAAUGGUGAUCAGAGGUUAGCGAGAGAGAAUCAAAUAUGCUGAAGUUCUGAUCAAGAAGAUAAUUGACGAGCAAUCAGUGUUGGAGAUAAUCGCUGUAGAGGUACCACAGCGGGUUAUUGGAAGAAUCAUUGGGAAAGUUGGAAAGACUAUUCGACAGUUAUGCGUAAUUUCAGGUACUUUAGGUGUUGAUUGUCCCUCAAGCUUUCACAGACCAGCUAAUGUUUAUGUCUGUAUUUAUCUAUUUUUUAGAUGUUGUUGAAAUAAGCUGUAGUAUUUAAUACACCAAAAUGCGUGACGUUACGAUUUUGCGUGGAGUCGUAACAAUACAUGACUAUUCGACAGUUAUGGAGAAUUUCAGGUAAUUUAGGUGUUGAUUGUCCCUCAAGCUUUCACAGACCAGCUAAUGUUUAUGUCUGUAUCCAUUUUUUAGAUCUUGCUGAAAUAAGCUGUAGUAUUUAAUCCACCAAGAUGUGUGGCGUUACGAUUUUGAGUGGAGUCGUCACAAUAUAAGAAUAUAUAUUCUGUUCAACAUAUUGUAGGUGUUGAAAAAUCAAAAUUAAUAGUGAAAAUGAGAUUGGUGAUUAUCGAUCAUGUGAGAUUAUUGGAACUGAGACACAGAUUGCAUGUGGCAAACAACUGAUUGAUGACAAAAAUCUGAAGACAAAGAAUUCAGAGCAAAGAGAAAAAGUGCUCAGGAAAGUACACUAAUUAAAUGUUCUUUUAGUUCAUAAUUAUCUCGUUGAGCAACAUUAGAAAGCUUAGCUUAUCAGUUGUUGUCUCUCGAAGUACUAUAUAAAAUGCAAGCGUAGUUAAAAAUAAAUGCGAACCAAACCAAGAGCAUUGCACAUAUUUUUAGCCUGUAAAAUAGAAGAUGGUUUUAUUUGAGAUGAAAUCAGAAAUCCUUCCUAGUAAAUUAAAUAUAUUUCAAUGUUGUAAUUGUAUGAAUUUUUCUUUACAGCAAAGGACAAGUUAACAUUUGCACAUUUACUUGUGCUGGUGAGUACUUUGGGGUGUAUGUGUCUGCAAUGGAGAAACCGAUCCUGCACCAACAUCGGACGUCGUCGAUGCGCGCGUAUUCAUAUGAUAGACUCGGAUAUUUUCAAAAUUAAACGAGACUUACCUUGAAGUUAAAGUCUGAUUUGAUCCUGAUGACGCGAUAUGAUUUGAUCCUGAUGACGUGUACGCUACGCGUUAUAUGAUACGCGUAUGCAGAUGACACGCUACGCGCAUGAUACUCGUACCACAGGCAAAAAAGUGUUGAGAUAUACGCGAGCUGUACUGCACAUCACGUGUCACAUGACAUUACAUUACAUGACAUGACAUGACACCACAACACGUACAUAUGUCAUAUCACAUGAAAUAUGAUUGUACAUGUCACAUGACAUAUUACCAACAUAUUUUUUAGAUGAGUAUACUGGACUAUGAUGAGGAUGGUAAUGUUGAUCACAGCACAAUAAUACCCAUGGUGGAUGGUGGGACUGAAGGUGAUGUUUUAGUCAAAUGGUAAUCUAGAGCUGCCAAUUGGCUUGAAUUAAUUUAAGCUGAAAAGUGAUAUCCAAACAUUACAAUGAAGACCUUAUUUAAGCUUAUAACUAACGUGAUUUUCUAACUGUUUCAUCUAUGCAGCAUUCAAAGGCAAUGCAACAGUCAUCAUUCCUGGUGUCACUGCUUGUAUUGAGUGCACGCUAGAUCUCUAUCCUCCGCAGGUAAAAUAUCACUUUUCGCUCACCACUUGAAAGUAUUCCAUGCAGUAAUUUGGUCAAUGUUGCAAAUUGUAGGUCAACUAUCCAAUGUGUACGCUUGCUUCUACGCCAAGACUACCUGAACAUUGUGUUGAGUUUGCGAAACUUCUUCAGUGGCCUGAAGAAAAACCUUUUGGAGGUAAACAAUGGUAUACUUGGUAUCAUGAUGAACAUUCAAAAUCUCCAUGUAUUCUGGCGUGUUAAAAUGAGUGCUGGCGCCAUAAUUCAUUGCCGUUUCGUUAAAAAGAAAUUUUAAAUGUAGCCAGCUUAUGCGUGUUUACUCAAUGACAUAGCCAGAAAACGAAUCGUACACGAUUAAUCGCAGCGUGUAAACGUAGCUUUAGACACAUUUAUAUGAACCUAUUUAUCUCUUUCCAAAAGAUAUUGCUGUUGAUGGAGACAAUCCCCAACAUGUUCAGUGGAUUUAUGAAGAAGCUUUUAAAAGAUCUGAGGAUUACAAUAUCAAGGGAGUUACUUACAGACUUACACAAGGUAUACCCUGGAAAUUACAGUAUUCUAUCUCAUACAGUAUUUGGCACUUUGGAUCACCAACUAACCCAUGUUAUUUUCAGGUGUUAUCAAACAUAUAAUACCCGCUGUUGCCUCAACUAACGCUGUUGUCGCUGGUAAGUCAAUUUCACUGGAAACAGCAAUUAGGAACUUACAUCUUGCAACAUAUGUUGCAACAAUUGACAAAUUUUGACUGACCACUGACGUCUUAAAGAUAUUUACUAACACCUGACAAUGUAACUGAUUUAUAGCUGAGAAAACCCCAAUGUGUUCUGAAUGCUACAUAAAUAUUCCUUUUCCUAGCUGCGUGUGCAUUAGAGGUUUUCAAGCUGGCAACCAAGUGAGUAAUCCAAAACUAAAUUGUGUUAUCUAUAUACAGUAGUAUCCUAAUUUCUGCAUGACGGUGAUCGAUGCUCUGACGACCGAAGGGCCAUAUCCUCUUGUAAUAUUCCAUCAUAUUUUAUCACAUAGUUGUUCUAAGCCGCUAAAUAACUACAUGGUCUUCAACGAUUCUGAUGGAUUAUAUACAUAUACUUUCGAAGCGGAGAAAAAGGUAAUUGUAUGUUGUUGCAUUUAAUUUUCUUGAUUACCAUGGUCAAGUAAAACGCGCGAAAGCCAACAAUAAUGGAACAAGUUCUGAGUUUUGUCAUUGAAAUAUUUCCCAGGAAGAUUGUUCUGCUUGUGGUCGAAUUCCUCAGCGACUAACAUUCUCUCGUGAUGAUACGCUGCAAAAUCUUCUAGAUCACUUGGUAGAAAGUCCACUGUUGUGAGUAAAAUAUUCCAAUUAUAUUAAUCCCUCAAGGUUUCAGACCCUCAAGCUUUUUCAGACCCUCAAGGGUCUCAGACAGAUCCUCGGCCUUUUCAUCAUGCCUGUAGAAAGUAGAAAGUUUUGGAACAGUGCUAACUCCAAAAAUCAUUAGGAGCUAGUUAUCUACAAUCAACUUUUCCUUAUGUAUCCCGUAUACUGUAUAUGACAUUGUUGCACCGUAAAAUUUUCCAAAUAUAGUAAAACUAUUUAGUAUUUUUAAUUAGAGUUUGUUCUGCCUCUUUAGUCAAAUGAAGGCUCCUGGGAUAACAACGUCAAUAAAUGGAAAAAAUAAAACAUUAUAUAUGCAGGUAACCCAGAAGACUAAACUACAGGGUUGGUAAGUUAGAUGAAUAAUUAGGCCAAAUCGUCAUUAGUGCCGUUUAGAAAACAGAGAAAACAAAAGGUCAAGACAAAGAAAACAAAGGCCUAGUGUGACGGUGUUCGGCCUAAUUAUUCAGCAAACCUACCAACCCUGCUAAACUAGAGCUUGAUAUUACUCGCGAGUCGCCACUGACAACUUUUGACUGUUUUCAGAGUGUUCCAUCUAUUGAAGCAGUGACUAGACCAAACUUACAAAAGAAACUUACAGGUAUGACGCGCAAAAUUACUCUGCCUCAUGCAGGGCGCUUAUAUACUUAUAAGCGCCCUGGCCUCAUGCGUGCGAAAUGCGUGGAAGAAUAAGUGCUCGCAGGAAAGACUGCACGCAAGAAUAACGACGCGCAAGAAUGACUGCGCGCAGGAAUAACUGCGUGCGAGAAUAACUGCGCGCAAAAAAUGACUGCGAGCAAAAAUUGACUGCUUGCAGGAAUAACUGCGCGCAAAAAUGACUGCGUGCGAGAAUAACUGCGCGCAAAAAUGACUGCGCGCAGGAAUAACUGCGUGCGAGAAUAACUGCGCGCAAAAAUGACUGCGCGCAGGAAUAACUGCGUGCGAGAAUAACUGCGCGCAAACAUGACUGCGCGCAGGAAUAACUGCGUGCGAGAAUAACUGCGCGCAAAAAUAACUGCGCGAAGGAAUAACUGCACUUUGCAAAUGAAUAAAACUGUAUGGCAGAGAAAAAAUGAAAAACCAGCCAAGUUUUUUUGUACCAAUAUUUUUAGAACUUGGUAUUACGGAUGGGCAUGAAAUUGCAGUUGCGGACUCUACUUCACCGAAACCAAUCGUAUUCCGAAUUUACUUUGAGUGAAACAGUGUGACAGUAGUGUAUGAUUGUAAGGUGGAUUUCACUUGGUGGUUAUGCUGUAUGGACGUUAUUGAGAACAGUUUCGUUCUUCUACGAGUGUUAACAUUUCUUAAUUUGACUGGAGUCUGCCGACAUUACAGGCUGAUGGUCAUUAUUUUGUGGUAGAUAUGCACCCUAAGUAAGUCUGUAAACAGCAAGUGAAACAUCUAAAUAAUGACUUUCAUGAAUCAAUGUUCUUCAGUCGACAAAAAAUGAACAGUCUUGUACAUUCAGUAAGGUAGUAAAUUCAAUAAUCUUGGUAACUGGGGUGCAUCCAGCAAGGUUUUUCUAGGGGGGUGCUGAGUGAGCAGCCGAGUUGUUUCUUUAUAAUUCUUUAGGAAAAUUUUUCCUGCAAUAUGGACAUUGAAUUAUGAGCUUCAGUUUGACUUCAAAAAAGGAAAAACCUUGGAAAUUAUGCCAUAGUUCUGAAUUUGAUUUUUUUGCUCCCCUGUACACCACCCUAUAAAUCCACCCCUGCUUGGUAAGAUUAAAAGUUUAGUCAAUUCAAAAUAUAUUGAUAAUUGUAUAAACAGAAAUAUGUAAUUAUUCUUUUAUACAAGAAUGUGUACAAGAUUGUUGGAAUUUUAUUUUAAGUACAGUAUCGUUCAUAGUUGUUUACCAUGCAGAAAGGAACAGUGCUGUUUUAAUGUCUUUAUAACUUAUGUUGAGCAAGUACAGACAUGAGAAAAUGGUCCAGUAUUGCCAUUUAUAACCCCUCUUACCCAGACACUAUAUGAAGUAUCAUACUUUAUCUUCUCGUCAAAUGUAUGUUGUGUGAUGCCUUGCAAUGAAUAUGCCAUGUAGUUCUCAUCUAAUACAUCCUGAAUCCAAACUUCACUACUAACUUUGGAUUGGUCAUAAAACUGCAUGUUCCAUGAAAUAUUCCAAGAAACAAAUAUACCCACUCCAGUUUCAGAUUCCAGGCUUUUGCACAAUACAUUUGUUAUUUUUCCAGGAUACUUUUUAACAUAGUCCCUUUUUUGUGCCUGUUUGCUUCCAUUUAAAGCAUUUUUCAUAACUUCCAUGAAAGUAGGAAUAUCGACAAUUGUGUCUUGGUAGAUUCUAAAUAACCAGUAGGGGUUAUUGCAGCAUAAAUGUCUCGGCACUUCAUUUGUGUUUAAAAUAGUUGUUUGCAUUUCACUAUCCAAAUACAUGAUUCCACCUUCGGAUUUUGUCCUAUUGGGAUACACUACAGUGUUGUUCUUGAUAUUAUUCUGCCAAGAUGUGUAAGUUAUAUCCAUUAUUUCAGCAAGAGUUUUGUAUGGUGUAUAAUUCUGAGGGUUGAUGGCGUAUGGAAAUAACUCAAUAACAAAACCACCAGGGCUAAGAAACAUUGAUAAAACUAAUAUUGAUCCAUGCAUGCCAAUGAUUCCCACAGAACCUUGGAUUUGUUUGAUAAUUUCACCAAGUCUGUUAGUUUCUAAACUAAGCCUAACAACUCGAAGAUUAAAAGUCGUUGCAAUGGAAAAUGUAAGUUGUAGCUCAUUUAGUAUGAGACGGUUUGAUUCACGAGAGAAUAGAAUAACAUAGUUGGAAUCUUUGCUUUUGCUGGUUGUCCCUAGUUUAUUGGUAACAUAUUCUGUGAACUGUUGUAUAAUGCUGCCAUCUGGCCUAUGGUUAGGUAUUGGUCCUUGUGGAAUAUGGAAACCAUAGUCGUACCAUGUUGUCGAUUUUGAUAUGCCAACCAUAACAUCGCGAAAACAGACUAACGAUUUGUUACUCUUUGAUAGAAGAUAUGUUAACAGGAUUGGUUUUCUAUUGGAGAAUAAUUUAUAUAGCUCAAAAUAAGGCCCCUCCUCUCUCCCUUCCAUGAAUAUAAUUUGAACUUCCAUGUUAAAUGGUUUAUUUUGUUGUUUGAAAUCUUGGAAAUACUGUCGUAAAGUGUAGAAAAGUGGUAACAAAUCGUCAUGAAUUACAUGCAUUAUGUUCUCUGGGUUAAAUCUAUGAAAUAGUAAGCUUGGGUGGUCAAUAUGAACAAUUUCUGAGAAAUAUUUCAAAGCAGAGACAGGUGCAUCUUGGAAAUUAAAGUACUGUAAGUUAUGGUCAUUAAUGGAGGAUAGGUCCAGCAAUGCUGGUGAACAGCGCUUGUCGGGCACUCCUUGGACAACACUGGACUCUCCGUGGAAAAAGAUAAACUCUCUAAGCCAUGGUGAGUAAUAUAAAUUCCUAAAUUUACAUAGACGUUCACUUCUCUCCACACCAUCACACCAUAGGCUGGACUCUUGCACCAAAGUAUUUAGUCUGUUUUGUGGAAUUGAAUGGUCCUUUCUCUCCAGACAAUCUCUGUUAGUAUCUUUGCGUAAUUUCACUGCAGGAUUAUUCACGUUUUCUGUCAGUUUGUAAAGAAUUAAGGUAAAAAUACAAUGAGAAAUAAUACAAUACCAAAAUAACCAACUCAUAUUGCUCCUUGCGCUAGACUGUAACAACAACUGAUGGUAACAAUCUCUCCCUCCCCCCUGUUAUUAGUGUCAAAAGUUAUAAAGAAAGGGGGGUUGGGAGGAUGGAUAAUACUGUGGUACAAGCAGUGAAUAAAAAGCCGCGUUAUAUUUCGGGAACUCCGGUCGAAAUAUAUGUGAAUACUAGCGGUAUAGCUUACCAAUCUGUGCGUUACUGUUGAAGAAUAAUAUUUCUCACUCUGAGAACGUUGGCCACAUUAAAACCAACCCUGUUCAAAAAUGCAAAACAUUGAUAUUUUUGCAGCUGCGUUUGUGGCAUUUCUUGGAGAUACCGGAAAUAGCACUGCUUUCAAUUCCGGAAAAUAUUACAUUCAUCACAAGAUCUGCCUGAGCCCGGGUAGGUAAGUAAAAAUUAAUUUCUUGUUUUAGCUAAAACUUUCGCUUCAAAGAAGUCUAUACUUGGAUUUUAAAUGGAUAAAUCUAGUGCAGUGUGUUUACGUUGCACUACAUUGCUUCGUGUUGACUUUUUUGCAGUUACUUCAUGAUUCAACAUUUUGUCUGCUUGUCCUCCCUCCCCAAAGUUUUUCGUUGCAUCAAGAACAAUGUUGUAAUUGAUAUGCCUGGGUUAUUCCCUUUUCAACGAAAUGCACUUAUUUUUCUUGGUAAACGUUUUUCAACGUGAGUGUUUGAAACAGCAAAUAUAUAUGAAGGUAUGCUCUUCUUGAAUGUUUUAUUUUUGAUAUUAAAUCAUUUCAAUUCUGACUUGUAAAAAAUGCAUUGUCAUUGCUUUACGUUUGCGACAUGAAAUGUGAUAGUGUGAUACUGUCUGGUAUUGCUUUGCACAUCACAAAUACGACGAAAUAAUAAGCGUCUGUGGUUCUUGUUCAUGGUAUUUCCUUUGAUUAUAGAAGUAUUUUUGUCUAUGUGUUUGAUAUAAGCUGUUAGUUGAAUGAUUUAAUAGAGAAAAAGUGAUUUCCAGUUGUACAAAUGUUGUGUUUUUAUCAAACCUUGCUACCAGCGUUCGGGCGGAAGUACUGUUGUGAUAAGAAUUUGUUUGCGGUUUGAGAAGCUUCCCACGUAGGACUUCUAUUUCUGACACAUUCUUAAGUUACUUUGGUAAAAUUGUCUUCAGAACAAAACCACUUGUGUUUGAGGGUGUAAGUAUUCCAGAGUAAAAUAUCCAAAGUGAACCUAAUCCCCCUGUUGUGUUUUUUACAGAACAAACCUUGCAUGUAAACUAACUUUUAUAUUUACACGUACUGUAUCAGUGCUAAACUAUCAGCUCUACAGCUCCCCAGUUUACAAGAGGAACAGAAGUACCCAGAGAAGUCCUGUAAAGUAUGAUUUUUGUGUGAAGAAUAUUUCUGUGAUGCAUAGCAGUUACUCUGCAAUAAAGGUGGCAUAUUUGAGAAUGGCUGGAUUGCCUGACUGGAAAGGAAAUUGUGUGUCGGAGAUUUCAAAAAUUUAAUAGUAAUUAUAUAGAAAGCAUCAAAAUUGUGCGCCAGAGAUGUCUGCCGUGCAAUACAAACUUUCCACACUGGCUGCAUUGUAUGCAUAGUCUGGCUUCAUUUUCAGUACUAAAUUGUGGUCUUGUGAAUGAAGCUUGCUCUCAGUACAUACAAGUUGAAUAUGUGGAUGUUGCAGGAUUUUCUUGAAAACAAAUGGACAGAAAUUGAGCUGAAAUUUUUGUGAGGGAAAUUCAUUCCCCAUGCAGACCAAACAUUAAUGUCAGGCAUGUGACCAAGGCUAAUAUUUAUACAGAGGUGUGUUCGUAGCCAUAUAGUACACUUCAUGAAAUGAAACUUGAGUUGAUGUUUAUUUUUAGGAACUGAAAAUGAAGCAAUUGAUUUAUAUUGAUUGACAUGGCCGAGUCAAAAAGCCGUCCAGUUCCUAAACGAAGGUCAGUACACCUUGGCACCCACAGAGGUGAUGAAUUCUCAACCACAGACUUGUAUGGCAGUGGACAAGAUCUACAAACAG